CUACCCUUUGUACUAUGCCACCACCAAAAGAUUUCAAAGUAUUAAUCGUAGGAGCAGGCGUAGGGGGCCUUAUGCUUGCCACUCUAUUAGAGCGUGCAGGCAUUGACUAUGCAAUAUUUGAGCGGGCGUCUGCUAUUAAACCAUUCGGUUCUGCCAUGAGUCUUGGAGCAAAUGUGUUCUAUCUAUUCAAGCAGCUCGGAUUGCUUGAAGAUCUGCAGGCAAGAGCUAAGCCCUAUGACUUGCCACGGAUCUAUUCUGAAAACAGUGAUGAAUUUUGGGUGCGCGAUUUUUCUGGAGUUAAAGAUAUGGCAGGUUAUCCCCCUUACGUCAUCUCCCGUCCACAGCUUUACGACCUCUUGCUUCAAGGCAUACCUCCUCAUAAGCUACAUCUUCAGAAACGGGUCUUGUCUAUUGAAGAAAAAAACAAUGGUCAUAAUUCAGUGUCAAUAACGUGCGCGGAUCAAUCUGUCUAUGAAGGAAGCAUAAUCGUUGGGGCCGAUGGCGCAUAUUCAAGCAUACGUCAGGCAAUGUACAAGAUAUUACUCCACAAGGGCCUGUUACCGAAGGCAGAUCAGAAUUCAGAUCAUUUACCGUUCACUAGUGUCUGUUUCGUGGGGCAAACACGAACUAUGAACCCAGAAAAGGAUGGCAAACAAUUUAGGGGUCUCUCAGAAGAGCUUUCAAGAGUUGAUAUCAUUGAGGCCAAUAGCCAACCGUAUACCUGGGCGACCUUUACAACACGUCAAAACACGAUUUGUUGGAUGUUGGUCCAGCACCUUGAUAAGGAUGACAGAAACAGUAAUAGCAGCGACUCCGACAAGUCCAAAGAUCGGAAACAUAACCUCGAGUGGAGGUCAGAGGCAGUAAAGAUGAUGUGUGAACAAUUCAAGGAUUUCCUACUGCCAAAUUAUCCUGGUUUGACUUUGGGCGAUUUGUUCAAGAUAACUGAUAUGGAUUUGGUCAGUAAAGUCAUGCUUGAAGAAAAACUGUUCGAGACCUGGUACAGUGAUCGUACUGUACUAUUAGGUGAUGCGUGUCAUAAGUUGCAUCCUAAUGGUGGCCUUGGAGCCGUCAGUGCGAUUCAUGAUGCGGUGGCCCUUGCCAAUGUGCUUUAUGACCUAACAGAUAUAGAACCCAAUAGCAUCACUCAAGCCUUCAGACGGUACCGUGAAGAGCGAUAUCCACUUUCUAAAACCUCAUAUAAUACUAGCUAUUAUAUGGGUCGCAUCCUUGGAAAGAGCCUUAUAAAUGCAUUCCUGCGGCUUCUCUUGAAAAACAUGCCGGUGUUUAUCUGGCAAAUCGUCUUGAAGCGGAUGUAUGGCUAUCGGCCGCAAGUUAAUUUUUUGCCCUAUGUAAAGGAUCUUGGAUCCAUUCCACCCGCACCGCAACUCACUCUCAAAAAAGUAACAUCAGACGAUACUCAACGAGCUGAGUGA